GCCCGUGCCUCCUGAUCACGCUCAGUCCAGGGCGGUGAGCCAUAACCAUCUCCUUCUCCGUUCCCCCCAAGCAGCCGCCGAGACGCGAAGCGCGAGCGGGAGACCAUGUCACGGUGGCGCGCGGCCGCCUCCAGCAUCUCCGCCGCCGCCGCGUCCCGCAACUCCGCGGCGGAGGCCCGCGUCCUCUCCAGGGCAUUGGCGAAGGCCCCCUCGCCACCUCCGCUUCCUCCCCAAACCCUCUCGAGAACCUUCGCCAAGUCCGCUGCCGCCACUGCCACCGCCACGUCGCCCGGCCCUGGCGCCACCUCCCCGCCCGCCGGGACGUGGUCCGAGAUCAGACUGAAUUCUAUGUUCUUAUCCAAGCCCUGUUCAUUAGCGUUGCCACCUGACUCUCCUCAUAGAGCAGUGGAUCCACAAUUUAAAGGCAUCAGGCGAUUCCUUCUCACACUGUUGUUGUUCUACAGUAAGCAAAGCAAGUCCAUCAGAGGAGCAAAUGUUGUUUAUGAUCGAAUCACUUCUCAAGUUGAUACACCUGCCAUUUAUGAUGUUUUUCAGUUGGAGAAAACAUUUAAGACAACAUUUUCGUUGCUUGUUCUCCAUAUGUGGCUUGUUCUACGCCGCUUGAAGGAAGAAGGGAAGGAUGGUGUUAAGUUUGGACAGUACAUCUACGAAAUGUACAACCACGAUGUAGAGCUCAGAGUUUCUAAAGCUGGGGUUAACUUGCUGUUGACAAAAUGGAUGAAGGAGCUAGAGAAAAUAUUCUAUGGAAACAUUGUGAAGUAUGAUGCUGCGAUAAGCCCAGAGGCUCAUCAAGAUGAUCUUGUAAAUGUCAUCUGGAGAAAUAUUUAUGCUGAGGAAGGUUCAGAGGCUAUGGAUGUUGCUGCUGCCCCUGCUGUGCAGGCAUUGGCAAGAUACACACGACGAGAGGCAACUUGUCUGUCAUUGACUGAGAUUCUAUGUUCUCUGGAAACUUCAAAUUCACAACCCUGGUGCCGGCAACUCCCAGCCCCAGCCCAAAGAAGCAUGGGCGAUGAACUGCCGUGGUACAUCAAUAUUUCAUACGAAGAUUUUUAAACAGCAGGAUCAGUGGAUAUAUGUCAUUCUCUCAGCAAUACAAAUAACAGGCUUCUUCCAUUGAUUGUUUAUUCCGGGGUCCUCACGAUUCGAACCCUUUUGAUGGAAAUACUUCGUUCUAGAUAGGAUUUUUUUAUUUAACUCAAGUGUAUUUGCUCUAGUAGACCACCCACCAGAAUGGACCCUUUUUGUCUCUUUU